UUUUUUUUUNUUUGUUUUUUGGUCCCCCUUUCCUCCCGGGACUGGAGGCAGGAUCCGCGUCCCUGAAACUGCUAUGCCAGCUGAACUCUCCCGGGCCGUGGGAAUGCACGCCAUCUCCGACCUCCACUCCUCCCUCCCCCUGCGGCUGCUCAACAAGGGGCCCGAGUACCUCCGCAGGCAGCUGGAGGCCGGCAAGCCGGGCAGGAAAAGUGCCGUGGAGAGACUGGCCGCCGAUAAGGCCAAGUACGUAAAGAGCCAGCAGGUCAUCAGCACCAGGCAGGAUCCCGUCAUCGCGCUCAGCUCAGCCUCGGAGAGCAGCAGCGAGAGCUGUUCGGUGGAGAGCAGAGCAGGGAGCAGGGAGCUGGGCAGAGGGACGGGCGGGAAGCCCCUGGAGCUGGGCAAGGCGGUGAACUCGUGCCGAACCCCCCUCCAGCACGGCCCCCCUAUCGCCAGGCGCAGCACCAAGAGGCAGAUGCGGCCGGAUUCCCUGGUGAUCUACCGUCAGAAAUGCGAGCUUGGGAAAGGUCAAAGCCAGGACAGCCCACGAGGGAGCUUGGUGAGGAGGAUCUUUAAUGGGUCCAUAAAGGAGAAGCAGUUGGCUUCCCCUGAGUUGCCCAGAGUCAUGGAGGACAUCGCAACCACCGAGAACAACGAGCCUCUCUCAGCAAAAGAUGGUGACCAAGASGAGCCGAGCGACCAUGGAGUGGCGCAGACUGUCCCUGUGGGCACUGAAGGGGCAGGGGUAUGUACAAAAGAGCAUGACGUACCCUCAAAAUUGACUAUACCUCCUGAAGAGGUCAAGGAGGUGAAGAGGAGAGGUCUCCAUCGCUCCCAGUCAGACAUCAGCUCUCGCUAUUCCAAGUCCUUUGCUGAACUUGAAACAUUUUUCAAGUACUGCGGACUGGAACAGGAGGUCAUUGAGGAUCUUGGGAGAGAGAACUUCUCCGUGGUGUCUGACAGCGUCUCCUUCAAGAUCCGCAGCAUCAGCGUGGCGACGUCCGAGAGUGAGUUCACCAGGCACAGCGGGGACGAGGGGCUGCUGGAGGAUGAACUCACAGAGCAGGUCCCCAGCAGCACCUCCGUGAUUGAGCGCAACGCUCGGAUCAUCAAAUGGUUGUACACGUGUAAGAAAGCCAAGGAGACUAACAAGAUGAUCCAGGAACUGGCGUGAUGGCUUCGUUCGGCAUGCGCUGCAGCCUGGUGAACUCAAGAAUUGUUGACUUGGAAGUUGAAYAAAACCAGACACAGGAAGAAACUUUUCCCUCAUCUGGCUUAUGUCUACUUUGUCCAAGUUUAGUAUUUUAUUAUUGUUUCCUACCUUUUCCCUCCACCCCUUGGAAGCCUCACUCUUGUCAAGUCCACGGAUGUCCAAGACUGCAAUGAYGAGUGGAGAUUGUGAACUGUGCCCCAGCGAGACAGCAGGAAACAAAAGCCCCUGGAAAAGCAAAUUGUGGCAGCAGCUGCCAUCCCCAGUAAUAGCCAACAUCAACUCACUGGCCCAGGAUGUCACUCCAGAAGGUCUGUGUUGUGCACCCAUCUCUAUCCAGCAAUGAAUUUGUCAGCAGGGGUGGGGGUAGAAUGUGGGAAUGAAGUGGCAAUGACCUCUGGGUCAGGUGUUCCCUUGCAGACAGACUCCACCUGGAUAUUCCAAGGCUCUGUCUUACCAGGGCUGUUGGAUCAGAGCUCCUCCUGACAUCGCUCAACAUCAUUUGCUUGGUUGGAGAGGACUGACUGGGGCAGCUUUAUCUGAGAUACUGAGCAAACAUGUUGUAAGCUAAAUUCCUGCCAAACCUCUCUUUCUCAAAAUAUUCCAGCUAAGUUGGUGUACCUUGUAUCCAUCUAGUUUGCUUUUGCUUGUUUGUUGCACAGCUUGCUCAGCCUUUGGGAAAGAAAAGCAAAAAUGCUUCCAGGAGCGUGGUUCCAAGAAACAGGUAUUGAGGGAGGUUUUGCAUUGUUCUGCUUUGCAGCAUGGUGCAAUUUGUUUGCRAUGUGUGCCUGACUCUGACAUUGCAAACACUGCAAGGUUUGGCAGCUCCUGGUGUAACCCCUUUAGUUYUAUGCAGWGAGUGAGCAGGCUCUUACAGAGUCACGCCAGGAGACUGCCAGGCUGUGUAAAGCCACACUUCCCUAGCGUGGGUCUGCAGCAGGGCUGUGCUGCCAGGCAAGGAGGCAUGUUAGGGCACAGCCAGGCCAGGGAAUGUCCUGGUGACACCCCGUGUGGACAACGCCUUACUCAAUGUCAUCARUAAAAUGCUUCAUUUGCACUGCCUGAGCUAAACGUGUUUUAAAAGGUGWUAUUUUGGAUUGUUAGUGUAGUGAAUGAGGGCUCUGCAAUAACUUACGGAAUUUGCUGGCUAUUCCUCAAACACCCCAACCUCUCAUUGCUUGCUAGAAAAUCAAAGCAUUUCUGUGUGAACAUUACAAACCACAAUGCAAAAAAAACCUCAACCAAACAACCCCAAAGCCAAAGCCACUUUCUCUUUCAUUUGUGCA